AUGGAUGAUCACCAGGUUGCCGCUUGGGUUGAGCAGCAGGCUCGCCAGAACAAGGUCGUCGUUUUCUCCAGGACCACCUGCCCCUACUGUGUAAAGGCCAACGGCAUUCUUAUGACCGAGGCUCCUUCGGACGUGACUGUGGUCCAGCUCGACGACCAUCCUGACCGCCCCGCAAUCAUGGAGUACUUCCGCAAUACCACCGGCGCAGCCACGGUACCUCGCGUAUUCAUCAACGGAAAGUUCUUCGGUGAUUGCAGCAAAACGGUUUGUGGAAUUAUUGCACUGCGUCAUGACGUUCAGGUUUCUGCUCAGCAGUCUGGUGAGCUACGCAAGGUGCUCCUUGAUGCCGGUUGCCACCUCGAAUAA